CAGCCCGCGCAGCCCCCGCGGCGGGCAGAGCCUGCCCCGCCGCCCGUGAGUCAGCACGGCCCUUCCCAGCAGCCGCAGCCCCUUCUCCUCUCCCGGGAGGAGCCGCUGCUCAGCGCCGGGAGGCGGGAAGUAGCAGCCAUGAGCAGCAGCCGUUUCUCCUGCCGGCUCCUCGCCGCGGCCGGGGGUCCGCGCUGAGCCCGGUCGCUCCCGGCGGAGAGCCCACCUGGAUCCUGCUCCCGGGCAUCCUCCGUUUCCUCCCGCCAGCCCUCUGGGCCACGUUCACGCUCUCGAAGGACUGGAUGUCCUUCCAUCCCCGCCAGCACCUCGGCGCCGGGCACCGCUCCCCCGGCGCUGCCCGGAGAGCAACGGCGGCUGCUCGCCCGCCGGCACGUGGCUGGCGUGGCGCCGGCCCCACCGAGGGAUCUUGUUCGCUCCUGGACGGUGCUCGGAGCGGGGCUGGGCUGGGCUUGGAUGCGCUCUGUGCCUGCUGUGGCUCAGGGCUUUAAAUAUUCAUGCUUUUGAUUUCCUCGGAGCGGCAGCGCAGGGGCUGGGGCGAAGACAGCGUGCCGGCCCCCCCGGCGGGGCAGAGGGAGCCGGAUCCGGCCCCAGCUGAGGACAAUGGGAUUUGUGGCCGUCCUGGUGGUGCAGGAGCGGUGUGGGGCUUGAUACCGUGUGCUGAGCACCCUCCUCGAGCCAGAGGCUCCCCGGGGCCCCUUUUUUUCCUCCUCGCUGCAGUGAGAGCUGGGGGUGGGUUGUGUGUCGUUCUCUAUCCGCCCGGAUCUGCACAUCCUCGCUGACGCCGAUCAGCAUCGAUCAGCCGCGGGGGUGCGGAGCCCGCAGCCCCCGGCGCUCCUGCUCUCCCUGCCAGCUAUGCCAGCCUGGUGUGGGCCCGGCACGGAGCUCAGCCAAGGCUUGGGGGUGAAUUCCUGGCGGCUGUGGCCACUCGGACUCUCCAUGGGGCCACCGUGAGACCCGACUGGUGCUUCCACACGGGACAGGCCGGCCCCGGCCCUUCCUGUCUCGCUCCAGCAUGGAUCUCCUGCAGAAGAGCAAAUACACCCACCUGCGGAAUGAAUCUGUCUCCUCUCUGGAGGAGGCAGUGGGGGGCCCGGGGGUUUCCCACUCCCCAGCGGAGUCCCCUGCAGGCACACCCGGCUCCCUGUCCAACUCCUCCUCCCUCGGCCCCGCCACUCCCCUCUCUCCUGAGUCGGAGGACAGCCCCACCACCCUUUGCUCCUUCUUCCCCAAAAUGGCCAACCUGAAGCUCUCAAACCCUGCCAACCUGCUCAGCUUGCGGGGCUCCUCAGCCGGCAGCACCCCAGGGGACACUGGCCUCAGCGCCGCGCUGGCACCGGCACCGGGGGCGGCUGCCGGCCCCGACUCAGCGGGACCUGUCGCUGUCUGUCCCCAGGAUAUGAACAAGCUGAGCUGCGGGAAGAAGACGCGGGUGGAAGGGGGCCAGUUGGGGGGGGACGAAUGGACCCGCCACGGCAGCUUCGUCAAUAAACCCACCCGCGGCUGGCUGCACCCUGAUGACAAGGUCAUGGGCCCCGGGGUCUCCUACCACGUCCGGUACAUGGGCUGCGUGGAGGUCCUUCAGUCCAUGAGGGCUUUGGAUUUCAACACCAGGACGCAGGUCACCAGGGAGGCCAUCGGGCUGGUGUGCGAGGCCGUGCCUGGUGCCAAGGGAGCCGUGCGGAGGAGGAAGCCCUGUGGCCGCUCCCUCAACUCCAUCCUGGGCAAGAGCAACCUGAAGUUUGCUGGCAUGCCCAUCACCCUGACCAUCUCCACCAGCAGCCUCAACCUCAUGGCUUCUGACUGCAAGCAGAUCAUUGCCAACCACCACAUGCAGUCCAUCUCCUUUGCCUCGGGGGGAGACCCGGACACAGCCGAGUACGUCGCCUACGUUGCCAAAGACCCCGUCAACCAGAGAGCCUGCCACAUCCUGGAGUGCCCUGAGGGCCUGGCGCAGGAUGUUAUCAGCACCAUCGGACAGGCCUUUGAGCUGCGCUUCAAGCAGUACCUGAAGAACCCCCCAAAGCUGGUGACACCCCAUGACAGGAUGGCCGGGUUUGAUGGUUCUGCCUGGGAUGAGGAAGAGGAGGAACCAGCCUCUGAUCACCAGUACUACAACGACUUCCCUGGCAAGGAGCCUCCCAUCGGGGGGGUCGUGGACAUGCGGCUGCGAGAUGGGGCUGCUCAGACCCCCAAUCACCUGGGGGCCACGCUGCCUGUUGGCCAGGUGUCCAGCGGGGAGUACGACCCCCGGAAGCAGCACCCUCCUGCCCAAGGUGCCUCAGGCCGUACGGACCUGUUUGAUGACCCGUCCUACGUCAACGUGCAGAACAUGGACAAGACGCGCCAAGCGUCGGCCACGGGCACCCCCGCCACAGCCAACGGCAGCGCCCAGAGGGACCUCUUUGACAUGAAGCCCUUUGAAGACGCCCUGCGUGUCCCCACAUCCGUGCCCAUGGGGCUGCCCCCUGCCCAGGUGGUGGCCUCCAUGGAGGAGCAGCUGAGACGGGAGCCCUGGUACCACGGGAAGAUGAACCGCAAGGAGGCCGAGAAGCUUCUGAAGGUGAACGGAGAUUUCCUGGUGCGGGAGAGCACCACCACCCCGGGCCAGUACGUGCUGACCGGCCUGCAGGGCGGGCAGCCCAAGCACCUCCUGCUCGUCGAUCCCGAGGGAGUGGUGCGGACCAAAGACCACCGCUUCGAGAGCGUCAGCCACCUCAUCAGCUACCACAUGGACAAUCACCUGCCCAUCAUCUCUGCCGGCAGCGAGAUGUGCCUGCAGCAGCCAGUGGAGAGGAGACUGUGAGCGCCUGGGGGUCCUGGCGCACGGCCCCCCCAGCCCCGCUCCCUGCCCCAGGGAGCCCUCGGACUCUUGUCGGGUGCUCUGCCCAGGACUGACCCUGGACUUGGCCCGGGAUGGGGCUUGUCCCCCUCCACCCCGUGGAGCUGGCGGCCGUGGGGGGCCCGGGCAGCAUGGGGUGAGCUGCCUGCAAGCUAGGGGGCUGCUCUUGCCAAAGCCCCCCUUUUCCUCCCAGCUCCAGCCUUUGCACAGCAGCUCAGCUCCUACCAAAACCCGGCCGUGCCACAGCCACCCUCGCCCUUCCCAGUGUGGGUGUGGGGCUGAGGGCUGGCGUAGCUGAGCACCCCGGGCCGGGGGGCAGCCUGGCCGUGUCCUGUCCCCACGGGGGGCUGCGGGGGUGUGGGGGGCUUUGCUCCCCCAAGCACAAGGCCCAGCCGGCCCCGCACCGACCGAACCCGAUCACUUUACGUGUUAACUCUGUGCCUUGACCCCACAGGUCCCACACUCUUAUGCAAUGCCGGGGGGCCGGGGACAGACCUCCCCGCGCUCCCAGCCCCGGCCGUGCCCCUUCCCGGGACGUGCUCCUCCGUCCCGCUCCCUGCCCCGCCCCGGGGGCCCCGCUGGGCACGACCGGCUGCGGUAGCCCCGGGGGGGCGGCGGGAGGACCCACCCCUGCAUGCACCGUGUUACCCCCUCGAGCCAAAGCGAUGCCCUGUCCCCCCGCAGCCCCGGGACUUCCCGGGCCCCGCGAUACCAAAGGAACCAGCGGUUGGUAUUAAAGUUGGUAUUUCUCUA